ACAGCUUUCUCAGGUGCACUCAGUGUGUAGAUCCAAGUCUCUUCACACUGUCUGUAGAUCAAAGUCUGUUCACCCUUACCCUUUUGCCUGCCUGUCCCUAAGUAGCUUUGAGCAGCCUUUCUACUAGCAUCACGAACGCAGGGAGUUCCGCAGCAGCUUGAAGCACGACUUAAAACCUAGCGUUAAACAGUGCUUUACUCUAACUUGGAGUUGAAGGCAAAGACCGAGAUAUUCAAGACCGAUCUGAGACAUACUUGGAGCUGAUCUGAGACAUCCUUAACUCCUCAAACUGGACAUAUCUGCAACAGUGUGCGUCAUCUACAGCGUGGCUCUGCGGAGCUCCGGCGUCCGACCCUAGCAGCUAGCCGCGGUGGCCGUCAAGGCUGCAUUCGCCUUUUUUAUCGAGAUUUGUUCCCAGUGACAGACUUCGCCUUUUCGCAAGUUUCAACGUGAAGUUGCAAAUCUCUUGCAAGGACCUCAGGAUCGGACGUCACUGCCAGCGAUCCACACAGGAUCUUUUUUAGAUCCGCUGGCAGCGAAUCUGUACCCCACUGUUUCCCGAGGAUCCUCGGAUCCACGCCGGAUAUAUCCGAGCCUCGUUUAAUCUGUCUCCGGAAGUGGUUUUCUGGCAACUAAUCGUGGCUCUCCCUCCAUAACGCCGUACCGCUUACUAACGCCACGUUCAUUGCAACAUGACGAGCUAAGAUCUCGUCCUUUCUUCCACCUUUCCACGCGCCGGCGGCGCAUGAUCGUCCCGCAACAUUAACCCUGUUGCACGCAAAUGGACCCUCGAUCCCGUGCGAUCCAGGGUGACGUGGCAGACAGCCAGCCCCAGAACACUAGCAGCAGCAGCCCUAACCUCCCUCCUCAGGCCACCCACUCACACUCCCACCCCCAACUUGCAUCCACUGCCUUCCCGUCUUCGGGUGUAUCCAUCUCAGGGACCAGUCCCUCCCCCUCCCUUCCACCACUCCCUCUUUCCUCCGUUCUUCCCCUCCUCCCUCUCUCCUCCGCCCUUCCCCCCCUCCCCCCUCCCUCCUCCGCAUUCCCCCCCUCCUCUCACCACCUCCUCCCUAACUGGUGGUGCGGCCACCUCUCCGCCAAUCGCAGCUCGCCAUUUGGCGGGGGGCAGGCGCAUUCCGGAAGCCUCCGAGCCCUUCACCAAGUCCCCUCAUCCGGGUCCCCCGGGGGAGGGGGAGGAGCAGGCGGAAUGGAAGGGGGGGGAAGGGGGGGCGCAGACGAGAUGGAAGGGGGGGUACGGGGAGGAGCAGGCGGCGGACUGGAAGGAGGGGGGAGAGGAGGGGCAGGCACAGUGGAACAAGGGGGAAGAGGAGGAAGAGAAGAGAGAUCCGAAGGAGGAGGAGGAGGAUUGGGAGUUGGAGGGGCAAGGGGAGGAGAAGGAGGGGGAUGGGGAAGAGAUGGGCACUUUACAAACAUGCAGAGGGGAAGGAGCCCUUCCGCCAGUCGCGGGUGGGCGUAUCACCGCACGCCGUCAUCAUUCGCCCAGCUUGCUUCUGUAACCGCCCUUGCUCCCUCUGCUCCUGUCGCUGCUUCUUCUCCUUUUCCUCUCUCUCCUCCUUCUGCUCCCCCUACUGCUGCUGCUGCUCCUGCCGCCUCUGGGAUACCUGGCGUUGUCUCUACAGCUGCUGCCGCCUCCACUGCUGCUGAGAAAGGGAGCGACAACAACGAGAAGCAGCACCAGCACCAGCACCAGCACCAGCACCAGCACCAGCACCAGCAGCAGCAGCAGCAUCUAGAGCAUCUGGAUGCAGCGUUUGUGCGUGCUCUAUCCGUCAACCGCUCGGUAGCAUCCCUCGGCGGCACAGGCUCUGCAGCUGCAACAACAGCAGCACCAGCAGCACCAGCAGCACCAGCAGCACCAGCAGCACCAGCAGCACCAGCAGCACCAGCAGCACCCGCAACAACAGCAGCACCAGCAGCACCACUGUCCGCACUAGCAGCACCAGCAGCACCAGCAGCAGCAGCGGAGGCAGGUGGAGUAGGACCACAAGGGGAAGAAUCCAACACAGGGGGAGCGGCAAGGGAGAUCAUGGGAGUGCGGGGGAGGCAUGAGGGGCCAGAGGAGGGAGAUGGGGGAGGAGAAGGCGCAGGCUCCCUCGGGGGUUUGGGGGAUGGGCUGGGCAUGGGAGGCUCGGCACUUGGUUCGGGGCCUGCUGGAGCUGCCCGGACCAAAGUGGCAAGUCCGGGAAUGGAGCCAGGGUUCUCAGCAAGGGCGGGAAUUUCUGGGGGAGGCGGUACUGGCAGGGUUUUACUGAGGGAGGCUCAGAUGUUUCCACUGUCGAGGACGCAUAGCCCUCUCAGGGGCUUCCUUGCCCCUUUGGGCGGUGGUACUAGGAGUGGCGGUUGUGCUGCUGAUGCUGACGGUGGUGCUGAUGGUGCUGCUGGUGGUGCUGCUGGUGCUGGUGGUGCUGCUGCUGGUGGUGCUGCUGGUGCUGCUGCUGGUGCUGCUGCUGGUGGUGCUGGUGGUGGUGGUGGUGAUGCUGACGAUACAUUAUUAGGAGGAAGCACCUUGGGGGGGGGCACCCUAUUUGGAGGAAGCACUCUGGGAGGAGGCACCUUGGGGGGAGGCGCACUACGAAGGGCCACAUUAGGAGGAGGGGCGAUGGGAGGGGCGAUGGGAGGAGGGGCGAUGGGAGGAGCGGCGGUGGGAGGAGCGGCGAUGGGAGGAGGGGCGGUGGGAGGAGCGGCGAUGGGAGGAGCGGCGAUGGGAGGAGCGGCGAUGGGAGGAGGGGCGGUGGGAGGAGGGGCGGUGGGAGGAGAUUCUGCCGCACUGGGGCCUCAACCGGACAUGAGCACGAGUCUAGGUCUGAUAUUCGGACUGGGUGCCUCACAGCCGAGUGACACUGACAGGAGAGAGGGGAGAGGGGGAGAUAGAGCGCGGAGAGGGGGUUACGGGGAGGGAGAUAGAGGGGGGCAUGGGGGGGGGAUAGAAGGGGAGAUAGAGAUGGAAGGGAGGGACGAGAGGGAUUGAGAGAGGGAGAAACCAGGCUUGCUGAGAGUCUGGAUUUCGAGAGCGAAGCACUUGCAAAGGCGGUGCAGAGAAAUCGAAUCUUAGAAGAGGAGAUAGUCCGCAUACAGGUUCAGUCCUGGGAGCUUAAGGAGCAGAAUCAGGAGCUACAAUCAAGGGUGGUCCGACUUGAAAACACGGUGAAGUAUAGGGAGCAGAGGGGCGGCGGGGGGGGUGCGGGCGGGUGGGUGCAGCCGCAACUGCAAAGGAUGGAGAACCAGGUGGUUGUGCUGACGGGACGAGUGCUGCAGCUGCAGCAGCAGAACCGCGCGGCCAAGGGGGAGAUUGAUAGGCUUAAGAAAGAGCU